CGCGGCAAUAUGCUUCGGCGGCAGGCAGCGCCAGACGUGUCGACGAUGGCAGACCUACGAGAACAUGUCCGAGCAUGCCACACCACCCUGCGGAAUCGCCAUGCCACUCCUGCCGCCUGUGCAGGUGCGCUGGACCAGGUCGGGAAAUGCCUCGCCUUCCACCACGACCGGCGGAACCUGAACGUCGAGUACUUCUUGAGCUCGUUCGACUACAUUGUCGACAACAUGGUCGACCGUCUAGAAGAGCGGCGCACCCACACCCAAGUUCUGCUCUCGAUCGUCCAGCUAUGUUUUUGCAGCGGGCUCUUCUGCGGCGAAUCCUUCCGCCCCGUCGCCGAUCGCAUCGUCGUGCAUGUGAUACUCCUGUGCACCCACACGGAUGCGCGCGUUGCUGCCAAGGCCCGCGAAUGCUUGACCGUGUGGACAGAACGCGUCAGCUACGACCUGCAUGUAGUCGUGCAAGCUGGCGAACGUCUGUCGUCGGAAGAAGAGUCUGUCAACUACUGCAUCUCGUUUGUGGAUCAAAUCCCCACAAUUCUCGGCAGCUGGGACCCCAAGGAGCUCCAUGACAUCGACCUGUUUGCGUUGAUCGCCAACUGCCUCAUGGACGACCGGCAGAACGUCCGACGACACGGCUACGAGCCUCUCGCCCUGUUGUUUGAGUUCCACCGCGCGGAGUACGGCGACGACCCGCCACUGGUCCACGCGUACUUGGAGCAACUUCCCAAGCAAGUUGUGGACGAACUCCUUCGACAAGUGCCGACGUCCGCAUUGGCCCACGCCAUCCGCCCCCUGCUCGUCCCGCGGCAUGCCUUUCCGAACGCCAAGAAAGCCAUGCAGUCGCCCGUGCUGUCGAGAAAGCUGCAGUUUUACGACACGCCGUCCAGUUAUCCGGAUGUUGUCCACCACCAUCUGCGACACCGUGCAUCUCGAGCCAAUCCCAGACUCGAACCGGACGUUCCGAGGUCGGCGUUCAAGGCGAGGAGGCCGCCGCCGCCGCAUAGGAAGAGGAGGAUGUACAGUGGAUAUGGGGACGAUGCGAGCUUGAUGCACACGGUGGUGGGAUGGGUGUGGUUCUGGGUCGUGGUGCUGCUGGCAGCGUUUGGCUUCAUGUCGUUGCUAUGGUUUCUAUGGCAAGUGUAAAUCUCACAAUAGGCAAAUGUCCAGUAAGUUCGUUCUAUGGUGGAGGUUUUCCCAAGUAUAUAAUAUACUAAAGUUAGUUGUGCGACAA